AUGCAGAAGAGGGUGAUGGACGGCGGCACCAUCAAGCAGAAGAUCUUUACCUUCGAUGCCAUGUUCUCCACCAACUACUCACACAUGGAAAACUACCGCAAGAGAGAGGACCUGGUAUACCAGUCCACCGUGAGGCUGCCCGAGGUCCGCGUCUCGGACAAUGGUCCCUACGAGUGCCACGUGGGCAUCUACGACCGAGCCACGAGAGAGAAGGUGGUCCUGGCAUCGGGCAACAUCUUCCUCAACGUUAUGGCUCCUCCUACCUCCAUCGAAGUGGUGGCUGCGGACACGCCGUCCCCCUUCAACCGCUACCAAGCCCAGAACUUCACAUUGGUCUGCAUCGUGUCCGGAGGGAAACCAGCGCCCAUGGUUUAUUUUAAAAGAGAUGGGGAACCAAUAGACGCAGUGCCCCUGGCAGAGCCUCCGCCUGCAAGCUCUGGCCCCCUCCAGGACAGCAGGCCCUUCCGAAGCCUCCUGCACCGUGACCUGGAUGACACCAAGGUGCAGAGGUCACUGUCCCUGAUGGACACUGAGAGCCGGGGUGGGCGUCCUUACACGGAGCGCCCCUCCCGUGGCCUCACCCCAGAUCCCAGCACCCUCUACCAGCCGACCACCGAGAGCAUCCCUGAGACCGUGGUGAGCCGCGAGUUCCCGCGCUGGGUCCACAGCUCCGAACCUGUCUACUUCCUGCGCCACAGCCACGCCCCGGGCAGCGACGGCACCGUGGAGGUGCGCGCCCUGCUCACCUGGACGCUCAACCCGCAGAUCGACAACGAAGCCCUCUUCAGCUGCGAGGUCAAGCACCCAGCGCUGUCGAUGCCCAUGCAGGCAGAGGUCACGCUGGUCGCCCCCAAAGGACCCAAAAUUGUGAUGACACCCAGCAGAGCCCGGGUCGGGGACACAGUGAGGAUUCUGGUCCAUGGAUUUCAGAACGAAGUCUUCCCGGAGCCCAUGUUCACAUGGACGCGGGUGGGGAGCCGCCUCCUGGAUGGCAGCGCCGAGUUCGACGGGAAGGAGCUGGUGCUGGAGCGGGUCCCCGCUGAGCUCAACGGCUCCAUGUACCGCUGCACGGCCCAGAACCCGCUGGGCUCCACCGACACCCACACCCGGCUCAUCGUGUUCGAAAACCCAAAUAUCCCAAGAGGAAUGGAGGACUCCAAUGGUUCCGCCUCUGGCCCCGCUGGUGCCUGGCUCACCUUGGUGCUCGCCCUGACAGUGGUCCUGGAGCUGACGUGAGGGCUCAGCCCGGCUCCCACCACUCCACCUGGCACUGACAUCUCUGCGAUUGCUUUUCAUUUCUUUUCUAAACUAUUUCCAGUCUUGUUCUUAGUCUCUUUCUGUCUGUGUCUUGGCUUCUUCAGUCGGUUUAAUUAAAACAAACAGAACAAUUUUCCCCACCUGGC